AUGUCUUCACAUGAAUCCGGUUCAAGUUCAGACUUACCCCUGCUAAACCGACACUUCAAACCUCACCGUGAUGUUCAUUCAGCGGCAUCAGCAGCCAUCACUUCAGACGAUAUGCCCUUUACACCUGACCACCCUCUCUCCACUCGUCCCCGUCGCCAGAAUGAUGCAGCCACCUCUCUCACAGAAGUCGCCUCUGUCUUGCGGCCCUCUUGUACAGAGGAUCUCGAGUCUGCAGCCGUCACCUCCGAUGACAUGUCCAUCGCAAAUGAAACCCCGCUGACAACCCGCCCUCAUCGACAGAACAAAUCCAUUCCAAUAGCACAAGCAGCUGCACUGCUACGCCCUUUUCAAACAGAAGAUCUCGAUAAGUCGGUGGCUGUUCCAUCUGACGACGAAUUUCCCGUCAGAGCUGGAAAUGCGCAGCAAUUUUCUACUCAUUGUCGAAGACACGAUCAGCAGCAUUUUGUGGCUCCGGCUGCAGAUCUCUUCCGCGAACCCUCUCGGGGACGAAGACAGGGUCGUGAACGUCCUCGAGGAUCUUCACGAGCCCGAGCCCCAGCCGUACCACCACAUGCCCCUGUCCCUGUCCCUGUUUCAGCAGCACCAGCCCCAGCCUCGAUCCCAGCCCUGGCUCCAGCUCCCUGUGAGGGGCCUUUGGACUAUGGAUAUGGUUAUGCUGGAUUUUGCCGUGGCAACUUCUUCCUUACAGAGGAUGUGGACGUAUUGGAUCAGGGUUAUGAUCCGUUGAGGCUGGCGCCGCGCACGACUUAUAUGUUUUUCAAUAACAUUUCCAGACCUGUCGAGGUGGAGGUCGUGAACCGACAGAAUGCGGAGUUGGCGGAAUAUGAGCAUUCUCUGGAUUUGUUCCCUGGCGUGGAGGUUGAUAGAGAUUCUGGUUCUGAUGCCAAGGUUGUUGAGCAGAGGGAGGAGAUGAAUGAGGAUGGCAAAGUGGUUAUAGAACGUUGA